AUGUUUUUCCGUGCGGUGGCGCGGCCAUUGAUGGCGAGGAUAAAGCAAACAACAGGGAUCGUCGGGCUAGACGUUGUUCCAAACGCGAGAGAGGUUUUAAUAGGUCUUUACAGUAAGACGCUUAACGAGAUCCAGAAGGUUCCAGAAGAUGAAGGGUAUCGUAAAGCUGUUGAAAGCUUUACAAAUCACAGGCUUAAGGUUUGUCAGGAAGAACAAGAUUGGGAGAAAAUUGAGAGUCGUCUUGGUUGUGGUCAGGUUGAAGAACUCAUUGAAGAGGCUAGGGAUGAACUCAAACUCAUUGGCUACAUGAUUGAAUGGGAUCCCUGGGGUAUCCCUGAUGAUCACGAAAUUGAGAUGGUUGAAAAUGAUGCAUCAAUUCCGAAGCAUGUUCCUCAACACCGACCACUUCCUCUCCCUAAGGAAUUUCGAGAAACGUUAGAGGCACUUAUGUCUCAACCAGGAAUGACAGAAAAGCUAGAGGCUCUUGUGUCUAAAUCAGUAAAAGAUAGUGCUGUUGCCAGCUCUAGUGAAGAACCCUCAAAGCCAAAGCCAUGA